UUGCUUCUUCUUCUUCUUGGCGUGUGACACUUGUCAACUACCUUCCCCCUCCGCUCCUCAUCGCCCGGCCCCGUCGCCAGUCACCAGUGGCCCUAGUCACACUGAUAAGGGAACCAUCGUCGACAAGGCUAUAACUGCGUUAAUUUCCAUGACAGACCAAAAUGGGUUAGGAUCACAGGAUCACUUACCCUUUUUGGUUGCAAGCCCUUAACGCAUUUGGUUUGUCUGACAAAAACGAUUCCAGCAUCUACUCAAGUUUGUCCUCUCGAAGCCUAAUCAGAAGUGCUGCUUGGGGAAUUUGUUUGAAGGAUGGGAGAAAGAAAGGUUCUAAACAAGUACUAUCCCCCGGACUUCGAUCCGUCGAAGCUGCCGAGGGUUCGGAGGCCGAAGAACCAGCAGAUGAAAGUGCGCAUGAUGCUUCCCAUGAGCAUUCGCUGCAACACCUGCGGUAAUUACAUCUACAAGGGCACCAAGUUCAAUUCCCGUAAAGAGGAUGUCAUAGGCGAGACAUAUUUAGGAAUUCAAAUCUUUCGAUUCUACUUCAAAUGUACAAAGUGUUCUGCGGAGCUUGCGAUGAGGACAGAUCCAAAAAAUUCAGACUAUAUUGUUGAGUCUGGUGCCACACGGAAUUUUGAGCCUUGGCGUGAAGAGGACGAGGUAACAGAGAUCGAAAAACAGAAAAGAGAUGCUGAGGAGAUGGGAGAUGCUAUGAAAUCAUUAGAGAACAGAACCUUGGAUUCAAAGAGAGAGAUGGAUAUCCUUGCUGCGCUAGAUGAGAUGAAGUCUAUGAAGUCUAGACAUGCUACUGUGAGUGUAGAUGCCAUGCUUGAGGCCUUGCAGCGCACAGCCGGGGAAAAGGAGAAAAGGUUGGAAGAAGAGGAUGAAGCACUUAUAAAAUCAAUAUUUCAUAAGCCAGUAGAUUAUGUUCGAAGAAUUCAUGAUGAAGAUCUUGACGAUGAUGGAGAUAUGAUUCAGCUUUCAAGUGGCAAUGGGGAAAUAUCUGGUGAUAAUCUGAAGAGGAGAAAGGUUUCUGAAGAGCCUCUUGGUAACCCAACAGAUUCUUUAACAAAAGCCACUUUUGUUGACAGCUCCACCAACAAAGGUAGUAGAUACUUUCCCCCUUCCUAGUAUAGAAAUUGGAGCGCACUGCCACCGUUAUUCUUUUUCCCAAUUUUCAGUUUCUCUGGGUUUGUUCAAGUAAUAUUUUAGUUUAAAGUGAUGCUAUUUAACUGAUGUAAAUAGCUCUAUUGGUAC